AUGGACUUCAAAACCGACUAUCAUCCCGACAGCAAACGAUCCUCGAAGGUCGAGUCAUGGGACAAGUUUCGGAACACUUCCCACCCACUUCCUGCCCUCAAUAACGACGCGACGCAACCAUGGGAGCCCUUCAAAUCCAAAGCCGACUGCGAAUUUGCCUCAAUCGCUAUUGACGCUAAACUUUCGCAGGCCAACGUCGAGCGUCUUCUCGCGCUCAUUAAUAAGGUGGCCGAGGGUGGUGCUAACAUUGAAACUCAAAAAAUCACGGUGGAUUGGAAGAAAACGAAAAUACCUGUUGAGGUACACAAACGGAAUCUCUGGGACUGGGCAAAGGAGCUGCUCGCGAACAAGUCUCUGGCACCGCAUUUCGAAUGGGAUGCACAGAGGGUUUACAAACGAAAUGAGAGCUCAGGACAGUUUGUCCGCCUGUACGACGAGCCCUGGACAGCCGACAGGUGGUGGAAUAUACAGAGCAACCUACCACCCACACACAGUGGUGCCACCCACGCGCCGUUCUCAAUCCUGCUGUAUGCAGAUAAGACGCGUCUUUCGUCGUUUGGGACCGUCCAAGGGUACCCCGUGAUCGCAAGGUGUAUGAAUUUGCCGACUCAUAUUCGCAAUGGUAACGGCGUAGGAGGUGCACGGGUAGUAGGAUGGCUCCCCGUGCUUGGCGACGACCCUGAAAAGGAAGGGAAACUAUCUUAUACGAACUUCAAACGCGUUGUUUGGCAUCAGUCUUUCAAGACUUUUCUGGAUGAGAUUGCUACGUAUUCAUCUGCGGGUAUGGUACAUGAGUGCUACGAUGGACAGAAGCGCGUUUUGUUCCCAGUGAUACUCGUCCUCUCGGCUGACUACGAGGAGCAGUGCAUGAUGUCCUUGAUUCGCGGGCCAAAGUGCAAAUGCCCGUGUCCCGUCUGCCUCUCUCCAAAGGAGAAGCUCCGAGACUUUUCGACAAACUACGAGCGCCGUACUACAAGGAAAGGGCGUGAGUUAUGGGAGAUAUACAAGGAGAACAAGGGUGCCGGUAAUGCAGCUAUGAAAGAGGUCGGUUUGCGACCGGCCGAGAACAUAUUCUGGGACAUUCAACACUCAGACCCUCACGACGCUCUCUCAUUUGACCGCCUGCACUUCAAUCAUGGCGGCUUAUUCGGGCGACACCUACUUCCUGAGCUACAAAAGAUCAUCAAAUUUGUAAGUAGCAAGAUUGAAGGGACUAUGGGAACCAGAUUCGAUAAGAUGCCGAGGUGGCGAGACUUAAAUCAUUUCGCGAACGCGGUUAAUACCUCGUUUUCUGACGGUAACAAAUUUCAUGAUAUGUCAAAGCAAGUGCUUUUUGUGGCACAAAACCUGCUCACACCGCAAACAUCGCCCGAAGGCUACGCUCUCCUUCAGGUCAUAAGAAGCUACUUGGAGCUCGACUGUUAUAUCGGUCUUGAUGUCCAUAUGGAGGACACUCUCGCUGCCGGUGAAGCAGAAUUAAAACGAUUCAGCCAGCUGCUCGAUCUCGCAAAGGAGUCGCAAAUACCCGACCUAAAAACGGACUGGGAUUUCCCCAAGGCCCACUACCUCAAACACGCGUUUGAGGACAUUCGUAACAAGGGUGCUAGCCGGAAUUACAGCACUCGACCGAAUGAGGGGGUGCAUACACUGCUUAAAGCAGUGUAUGGCCGUACUAACGGAAAAGAAAUUGCAGAACAGAUUUUACGAAUAGACCAACACCGCCUUGCAUUAAACUUGCUUUUCAGCCGCAUAACAGAAUACGAGUCUGUUCUCUUGGCUCAAGAUGACUCAGCGGUCAACGACACCGGCGUUGAGUGCAGCUCCUUCCAAUUAUCUUCAGAGAAGUUCUAUUUGGGCUCGCCUCAGUCCUCUAUGACCAUCGCAAACCUUCAGGCAGAAUAUCCUCAAGACGCUGCAUUUCAAGACUUUCAUAAUGUACUCGAGAAGUUUAUCAACGAAACUCUACCGGACCUCGAGGGGAUGGAGAGCUACAAGGCCCAGCUGACUUCGUGGCAGAGGGUUGGUCGUCACUAUCCGGUAAGCGAGUUCCGUUUCCUCAAGGUUAACUACGAGUCCACGGAGACGUGGAUGCAGGCCACGGACUAUCUACAUUGCCACCCUUGGUUCCACCAGAAGCCCCGCUAUGACUGCGCUCUCGUACAAAUGUCUGACGCAGAUCAGGCAUUUGUGCGCUUCGUUCUUAUCUUUCAGAUACAACUUGCCGGCCUUGACAAGCCAUUAUCAUUGGCGCUUGUCCAACCCUACACUGCCGGUCUCCCGGGUUCGACGAGGAGUGUAGACAAAGACCUUGGGCUAAUCCGUGUCAAGGCUGUUCCUCGGGCAUCCUCCAUCGUCAUUCCGCUUGGAUCAAUCGUUCGUGGUGCUCUGCUCGCUCCCGACUUCAAGUCAAGGGAUCGGUCCGAGUUUUUUGUCAUGAACCACAUUGACGGGGAUAUGUUCCUUCGCAUGAAGGAAUGGACUCGCUAA